ACUUCAGACCGUAAGUACGUCGUUGUUUGUACGCUGUCCUGAAGUUAGCUAACGAUCACCAGUUAGCUAGCUGGUUAAAUUUAGUGACGUUCGCACAGUUUUAAAUGUUUACGGUUAGUUAUAUUCUGUCUGCUUUAAAUACUUAAACUUACUCAUACGUACAAAAGCCGCCUUCCGUUUCGAUUCAGUCGGUGUUUGUCGCAGAAGGAUCGUCGUUAGCCAAGGAGGCUGAUAGCGUCCACAAUGGAGGGCAGCGCCAGCGUGAGGAGAUCACUGUCCGGGACUCUCGUCCCUGUGACGGUCACAACAAUGGCUCUCCUACAACAACCUGAGGAGGAUGACAAAGGAAAACUGAAGAGAAAGGUUCUCGAUGAAGAGAAGUACAUUGAGACUUUAGAGAAGAUCAUCCAGAGGGACUUCUUCCCAGAUGUCACUAAAUUGCAAGCGCAGAAGGACUAUCUUGAAGCAGAGGAAAGUGGUGAUCUAGGGAGAAUGAGAGAGAUUUCCAUCAGAUAUGGCUCGUCUUUGACUAAAUCUACACCACGGUCUACUGCACCCUAUGUGACACCGGCUAGCUUCGAGACGCCAGUGGGCCACCCAGGGUCUCCCUCCUCCACUCAUGGCAGUAAAGGUUUAGAUGGGGAGAGCAGGGCUGAUAACAAUGAAGAGAAAGAGCUGCCCUGUCUGGAUCGUUUCCUUGCUAAAAACACCAGCGAGGAUAAUGCAUCAUUUGAGCACAUAAUGGAUCUGGCAGACGACAAGGAGAAACUGAAGCAUUCCUGGUUAUAUGAGGCCGAGGCUGAAUUCAAACAGCGCCACAAGGAGAACCUUGCAUUACCAUCAGUGGAGAAAGCUGCACUUGAAUGUGUCAAAGCUGGACUUGAAACAUGGGAGUACAAAGCGAAGAAUGCCUUGAUGUAUUAUCCAGAGGGUGUUAAAGACGAUGAUGCUUUAUUUAAGAAGCCACGGGAGGUAAUUCACAAGAACACGCGCUUUGCAGGAGACCCAUUCAGCAAGGCUCUAAACAAAAGCCAGAUUCAGCAGGCUGCAGCCCUCAAUGCACAGUUCAAACAGGGUAAAGUUGGCCCCGAUGGGAAAGAACUCAUCCCUAAUGAAUCCCCAACAGUGAAUGGAUAUGGUUUUGAAACAAUGCCCUCCCCUGCACCUGGUGUAUCUGAGUCGCCUCUGAUGACGUGGGGUGAGAUUGAGAGCACCCCAUUUCGUCUGGAUGGAUCAGACAGCCCAUAUAUUGAGAGGAAUCACGGACCAUCAUUUAAGAUUCCAGAACCAGGAAGACGAGAGAGGCUGGGCUUAAAGAUGGCCAAUGAAGCUGCCGCUAAAAACCGAGCAAAGAAACAUGAGGCAUUGCGAAAGGCCACAGAGAACCUUGCAAGUCUUACGCCUAAAGGUCUGAGCCCAGCCCUCACCCCCGCCCUGCGGAGGCUCGUAAAUCGGACAUCUAGCAAGUACACAGACAAAGCACUAAGAGCAAGUUACACCCCAUCGCCCUCACAUACAGUCUGCAAGUCUCCCUUCGGUGGCCCAGCCACUCCCUCAGGAACGCCAACACCCAACAAAGCCAAGACGCCAAGCUCUCAGGACCUGACAUCACUCACAGACAAUCUGCUGCAACUUCCCAAGAGACGGAAAGCCUCAGACUUUUUCUAAGUAAGAGAAGAUAUUCUCUGCUUUAACUGUACAUAACAGACUCAUUAUAAUGUGGAAAAACUUGAUUAUAAACUCUCCAGACCCAUUAAAGAGCACAUUUUGCAAUCGAUAAAGACCGAAAAGUUUUUAAGGAUAUAUUCGUUACAUUUUUGCACAGCUAGGUUACAUGUAGGUCCCUGUGAAAUGCAUCUUGGUGUCCAAAUUGUAUUCAAUUACUUGUUUAUCUUGUUGUAUCAAACUUGGCCAAACAGCUACCUGGCUAAAUUAUAUUAAUUUAAUUAUAAUCCAGUAGCUGUCCAGUAGAGUCCCACAUACACAUGAGAUUUCAAAGCACAGCAUCUGAUAGCUGUCACCCAGCUGUCCAUACAUGCUACCAUGACAUCUCAGUGUUCGUCUCAGAAUCAUAGAAAUGACUCAAAGUGACAUGUUUUGUUACCAUGUCAUGCUUUUAUGUUGGUGAAAAAGAACCCACUGGGCUCACUGUUUGUCAGUGUAAAUGUUUCUUUUUGCCACUAUAUAUCUUCUUAAUUUAAAGCUGAAAAAGUUAAGCAGGCUCAUAAAACUGUACAAACUUUUUCUUAAUCUAUAAUAAAAAUGUCAAAUUUUUGACUCAAAA